AUGGAAUCGCCGGACGUCAUCCUUUCACCAAAAGGUCCUGAACCCAGUGCCGACUCUGCUGCCGGCUGGAGCGGCACUAGCACCGCCGUAACUCUGCGGCAGAUACAACAUCGAGCACACGCCCAGACCUCUCCAGUCGGGUUCAAUAUGGCGGCGGCGGCGGGAGAGAGUCAUGGCGCCGGAGGUGGAGUGGCCUGUGGACAGGAAGCGAGCGACAGCCGGAGCGCCCUGCAGCCGGCCCAGCUGACCAGCAUUGCCGUACCGACGGCGCUCCUAGCCUCGACCGGCCUGCUGCAGGCCGCCGGUUCCAGCUCGAUCUCGCAUACUCCGGAGACACUCGCUUCCUCCAGCGCAUCCAUUUCGAAUGUCGCGCAGCCGACACCACCCAUCGAGCGACUAUCGCGGCCAAUGGCCUUCAAUAAGAUGGAGACCUUGGUGCGAGAGUUGCUUCACCCCGAAACGGGGGUUCCAGAGCGGAACCAGAAGAUGUGUCUGACCACUGUUUCGGCAGCGUUUACCGGGAACGAUCUGAUCGAGUGGCUGAUGGAGCGACUCAGUAUCGAGGAGUCGGAGGCCCUGAACAUCAGUAACCAGUUGUGCCAGCACGGUUACUUCUUCCCGGUGUCCGACUCGAAGACGCUGAUGGUGAAGGACGACUCGUCGCUGUACCGCUUCCAGACGCCGUACUACUGGCCGUGGCAGCAGAAGGCACCCGACCAGAUCGAGUACGCCAUCUACCUGGCGAAGCGGUCGCUGCGCAACAAGCAGCGGCACGGCCUGGAGGACUACGAGACGGAGGCGCUGGCGAGCCUGCAUAAGAACCUGAAGGGCAAGUGGGACUUCAUCAUGAUGCAGGCGGAGGAGCAGGUGCGGCUGGCGAAGGAGCGCAAGAAGGGCGACAAGAUCGUCGGGGACUCGCAGGAGCGCGCCUACUGGCGCGUCCACCGGCCGCCACCCGGCCAGUUUACGCCGCUAGAGCCCUGCCCCAUACCGUCGCGCGACCGGCAGGGCAAGCCGCGCAAGCGCACGGUCGAGGACUGGGAGCGGGAGGUGGACAUCCUGAAGGCGUCGCUCGGGCGCAACCGGGUGAAGAUGUCGCAGGCGUGCGAGAGCCUCGCGUCGUACUACGAGACGUUCAGUGAGUACGAUCCGAUGAUGCAGCCGCCGCUGCCAUCGAACCCGUGGGUCACCGAGGACGUGAGCUUCUGGCAGCUGAACAACCCGGUGGUGGAGGUGCCGACCGAGAAGCGCGUCAAGCGCUGGGGCAUCUCCAUCGAGGAGGUCGUCUCCGACCCGACCGGCCUGCAGGAGUUCACGCACUACCUGAAGAAGGAGUACUCGCACGAGAACAUUCGCUUCUGGAUGGCCGUCAACGAUCUGAGACGUUCGUCGCACUCGCAGAUACCGCGCAAGGUGAAGGAAAUCUACGAGGAGUUCCUGGAGCCGGGUGCGCCCUGCGAGAUCAACAUCGACGGCAAAACCAUGGAGAAGGUCCAGCAAGGGCUGAAGAAUCCGUCCCGCUUCGCGUUCGAUUCGGCCGCGGAACACAUCUACAUGCUGCUGCUGAAGAAGGACUGCUACCCGCGGUUCGUGCGCUCGGAGCACUACAAGAGCCUGAUGGCGAACGCGAUCCAGCCGUCGCACAAGAAGCGCUUCUUCGGCUUCGGCGGCGGCGCGAAGAAGAAGGGCUCGACGUCGGCCGCGCCGAACCCGUCGCUGCUGACCCAGCUCUCCACCGGGCAGGGCGCGGGCGGCAACGUCAACAGCCUGUCCAAAAGACACGGAACAUCCCUAUUUAUGAUGGCGGAUAAAGCCUUCGGAACGACCUUAGAGGUAACACUGGAGGGUGCCGCGUCGGGCGGUGGGACCGCCUGGGCGGUGUGUCCGUGGGAGACGGUGGUCCCGGACAAGCCCGGCACGGAGUCGUCCGUGUCGGUGUCCGUGUGCCCGUGGGACGACAGCGACAUCAAACCGCCGGCGAAGACCGCCAGCAGCAGCAAGUUGAAGCAGUUCAGUGAAUCCACGCACGGCGCGACGGAAAUCACGGAGGUGUCCGAGCGGAUGAAGCGGUCGUGUGGACUGCGCCAGAACACGCUGGACAGCGACUUCCACAGCACCAAGCGGCUGGCUCCAGCGGUCACUGAGCAUCGGAGGGCUUCCGUGAUGGCUCCGAGGCUGUCUGAUCUCCAGGUUUGGCUGCGAGCUAACCCACCGAUCGGCGGAGCGAUGCCACUAGCUACUGCCGGGUUGUGUCUGUCGUCGUCGCUCGAGAACGUGUCGCACACUUUGCUGCCUACGAUCUUGGAGGAGGAGGAAGAGGAAGGAUCGGAGUUGCGCUUGCGAGUUACUCCGGUGGUGGUCGCGUCCCCACCAGCUAUCGUUGACCAGCCAUCUUGGUCAUCCGAGCGCGUUUCGCAGCGACGUCUCUCGAUAAUCUAUGAGAAAGACGAGGAAAGGUCCGAAUCUGCUCCUGUCUCAACUUGUCAGCAGCCCAACAUUGCCGAAGAUUGUCAUCCAGGAAGGUCAACAUGGAUAAACCAGGCAAUUCGGGCAACGCGCUGUUUCAAGUGCGCUGUCGCCGGAAAUUGGAGUAGGAAAAACACGACAUAGACCGCGUCACGAGCGAUCUCCACUUCUUCUAUACACAAU